AUGCCUCGGCGCCGGAGGAACAAGCGCCAUGGCCGCAAAAAACGCCACCAGGCCCGGGGGGAGACUCAGAGUCUCAAGGGUGCCCAGGCCACUGAGGCGGCGGCGGCGGCGGCGGCGGCAGAAGAGAUACAAGAGUCGCCGUCUUCCCCCGCUUCUGUUUCUCGGGAUACUUCCCCGAGCUCCCCUGCUGCUGGCACUCACCAGGAGCCUCAGGGAGCCCCAGCCACUACCUCUCGUGAUGAAGGAGUUUCAUGCCCAGGAUCUGAAGAGGGUGCCCAGAGCCAAGAUGAGAAAAGUGCAGGUACCUCCCAGGCAGCACCUUCCGUUCGCAGCAGUUGCAGAGAUCCUCUGAGAAGGAAGUCCACAAUGUUCGUGGAGUUCCUGCUGGAGAAGUACAUAACGAAGGAGCCCAUCCUGCAGGCAGCACUGCUGAAGACUCUCAACAAGAAGUACAAGAAGCACUUCCCUCAGAUCCUCAGCAGAGCCUCUAAUAUCAUGGAGGCUGUCUUUGGCCUCGAGCUGAAGGAAGUCGACCCCAGCAGUCACUCCUACGCCCUCAUCAGCAAGAUGGCCCUCCCCAGCGACACAAGUCCGAGUGAUGAGUUCAGGAUGCCCACGUCCGGCCUCCUGAUGACUGUCCUGGGCGCGAUCUUCAUGAAGGGCAACCGUGCCACCGAAGAGGAGCUCUGGAAAUUCCUCAAUGCGUUGGGUUACCAUGCUGGGAGGAGGCACUUGAUCUUCGGGGAUCCCGGGAGGCUCAUCAGCAAAGAUUUCGCGCAGCAGAAGUACCUGACGUACCGCCAGGUGCCCAACAAAGAUCCUCCGCGCUAUGAGUUCCUGUGGGGCCCGAGAGCCCACGCUGAAACCAGCAAGAUGAAAGUGCUGGAGUUUUUGGCCAAGAUCAUCGGUACCGUCCCCAGUGCCUUACCAGAUCUCUAUGAGGAGGCUCUGAAAGAUGAGGAAGAGAGAGCCGCGGCCAGGGCUGCAGCUGUUGCUGAGGGCAGAGCCCCUUCCAGGGCCAAGGCCUGCAGCUCCUCCCACAUGUAG